AUGCCGGAUUCUUGGAAUAUUGGAAUGUCAGAACCUGAGGCUGAAAUCACUUUCUUCAGAAAUCCUGGAUUUAAAAGAAAUGUACUCACCAUCAUCACCAGUACUCACCAUCAGUACUCACCAUCACCACUCUCUCACACAGAUCUCCUCCCCUUCACCGUCACGGCCGCCCCGGAGACGAGAGAGUUCUUGUCUCGUGUGGCCGACAUCUCCAUUGACUUCAUCAGGUCAACCUUCGACCGUAACUCUAAGAUCCUGGACUUCCACCAGCCCGAGCAGCUGAAGGAGGUGCUUGAACUGGAAAUCCCCGCCAAGCCGCUCAACCUCGACCAGAUCCUUGUCGACUGUAAGGACGCCCUCAAGUACCAAGUAAAGACUGGUCACCCGAGGUUCAUGAACCAACUGUCGUGUGGCACUGAGGUGGUAUCCAUAGCUGGUGAGUGGCUGACAGCUGCUGCCAACACCAACAUGUUUACCUACGAGAUCGCCCCUGUCUUUAUCCUGAUGGAACACGUGACGAUGAAGCACAUGAGGAAGAUCAUCGGGUACAAGGCUGGUGACAGUAUCCUGGCGCCAGGAGGUUCUGUCAGUAACCUGUACGCCGCCCUCGCUGCCAGGCACAAAAUGUUCCCAGAGUACAAGAAGAAGGGUCUGCUAGCUCUACCAGGCGAACUCUGCAUGUUCACCAGCCUUCAUAGCCACUACUCCAUGAUGGGAGCAGCGGCCGCUAUGGGUCUUGGUACUGACAACCUUAUUGAAGUUCCUGUUGAUGAAAAGGGGCGUAUGAUUCCGUCAGAGCUUGACCGACUCAUCCAGGAGGCCAAGGCUAAGGGCAAGAUUCCAUUCUUGGUGUGCGCUACUGCUGGAACCACCGUCAUGGGAGCAUUUGACCCCCUCCAUGCCGUGGCUGACGUCUGUGAGAAGUAUAAACUCUGGUUCCAUGUUGAUGCUGCGUGGGGUGGUGGCGUCCUGCUUUCCAAGAACCAACGCCACAAGAUGGACGGCGUUGAACGAUCCCAGUCUAUCACCUGGAACCCCCACAAGCUGAUGGGUGUGCUCCUCCAGUGCUCCACCGUGCACUUCCAGGAAGACGGUCUGUUGAUAUCUUGUAACCAGAUGUGCGCCGACUACCUCUUCCAGCAAGACAAACCUUACGACGUGAACUACGACACGGGCGACAAAGUCAUCCAGUGCGGCCGUCACAACGACAUCUUUAAGCUGUGGCUCUUGUGGCGCUCUAAGGGUGAUGAAGGGUUCGAGAAACACAUGGACCAUCUGUUCGAGAUGACGUCGUAUAUGAUUCAGCGUAUGAAGCAACACCCAGACAAGUAUGAGCUGUUGAACGACGAGCCUGAGUGUACUAACGUGUGCUUUUGGUACGUCCCUCACCGCCUCCGCUCCAUGAAGGCUGGACCAGACAGGCACAAGCUUCUGGGAGACGUUCAGCCUAUCCUAAAGGGCCGCAUGAUGACUGCCGGGACCCUCAUGAUCGGCUACCAGCCUCUCGACCACCACCCCAACUUCUUCAGAAACAUCAUCUCCUCUCAGGCCGUAAGGAGGGAAGACAUCGACUUCAUGUUGGAGGAGCUCGACCGUCUGGGCUACGACUUGUAAAGUGAGGGUGUCGCAACGGGCAUGCGUGCGAGUGGUGCUGGGGAGAGAGCGCGUGCGGCCCUCAAGACGAGAGGGACAAGAUGAGCUCUGACAGUGUUUCCGUAGGCCCACUCGCCUAGAGGUCUUUGGAAGAAUGUUUUGAAGUCUUCCGGAGGACCCCUGGCGUGGAUCUCUCCUGCAGACGCCUUAAGAUAGCUCUGAGAAUCGCCUCUUAAGGAGACAUCUUGAGAACUACUCUUAAGGAGGCUCAGAGCGCAGUCUGAAGGAGGAUUCUGACGAAGACCAAAACGCAGUACAAACUAAGACUCUCUUAGCGGGACCCCCACCUCUCCUUCAGCGGCGACGACUUAGCCAGGACCCGCUGAGUUGCCCCUCGUCAUGAGUCUCUCUGCUCCCCCAAGGAGGGUUUGUCUUGUCAACUCAAGGAUCAACUGCUUCAGAGAACAUAGAAGCUUUGUUAAACUGGCCACGGAAUAUGUUGAGAGCAUGUUGUAUGUUGCUAUAUGUGGUGUUGUCUUAUAGUUUAGUAACGCCAGUGUCAGCACAUGUUACCAGUAACGAUGCUAAACUACGGCUGGUUGCUGUUUGGAGAAGCCAUGACCGGACGGGGUCAUCACUCACCCAGGAUGACCUCUCCUCGAGCGGUGUCGUGCACGGACUGACCUACUGAGAAAGGUCAAAUGCAGGUCAACAACCUUAGUACCACCCGCACUGACCUCUAUCAGAACGGGUCAUACAAUGAGAGACCCUAGCAUGAACCGUAGUCUAGAAGAGGUCAUGUAUGGGUUGACCUUGACUGGAUGGUGUCGUGGAUGGUCGGAGCACCGUGACUGAAGCAAUAAAGUAACUCACUCUAGUUCUUCGUCAGGAAUUUCUGGUUGAGAUAAUCCGCCGUGUUGUCAAACCUCUUCCCGGUACUGUGACCACACCAUGUUUACUGCCACACUACACUUAACCACACCAUAUAUACUACCACACUACACUUAACCACACCAUACAUACUACCACACUACACU